AUGCUAAAGAGAGUUGAUCCUUCGAACCCAGUCUUGGUUUCUUACUUAGCAACCAUCAAUACUUCUGUGGAAACUGGGAUUCUUCUACCACAUAUAUCUGAAAAGAAGUCAAAGAAGUCGAAGACAACUGAUGUUGGGUAUUCGGAUACAAAAGUCAAGUCUUCAAAGAAAACGAAGCAGGUUCCUGUGAUUGAACCUAAGCCAAUUCAGCCAGAGUCGAUUAUUCCUGAUACCCAGGUCACUGAAAAGGAAGUCAUUCCUUCAAAGACUGGUGUAUUCAGACGAAUUAAGAUGAAGUCGAAGAGCAUGUGA